AGCUCUGACAGCGACACUCCUCCCUCUGCCCUCCUCCUCCAGCUAUUUGCCAGCCGCCCUCGACGACAGACAGACAGCCGCUCGCCGACCUGCUGCUGCGCGGAACCCCGUCGUCUCCCUCCGAGCACCGGCGUCGUUUAUUCCACCUGCGCGGGACUUUCACAGACCGGCCAGCGAGUUCGGUCGCGUCUUUUUCUUUUGCUUUCGGGGGGGGAAUUUAAGUCUUUGCGAGCUUUGUUCUCAAAUUGCCCUUCAAGACAUAUGGAGAAAAUGGCCAGACCUCUUCCUAUAAACCCAACUUUUCUGCCGCCGACUCACGGCGUGCUGAAAUCCCUGCUGGAGAAUCCGCUGAAGCUGCCUUUCCACCACGAUGAAGGAUUCGGGAAGGACAAGGAGAAAGAGAAGAAGCUGGACGAUGAGAGCAGCGCAGCCAGCCAUCCACAGUCGGCCUUCCUCGGCCCGACCCUCUGGGACAAGACCCUGCCCUACGAUGGGGACAACUUUCAGCUGGAGUACAUGGACCUGGAGGAGUUCCUGUCGGAAAACGGCAUCCCCGCCAACACAGCCCAGAGCGACCAGGCCCCGCAGACGGCACAGCCGCCGCAGGCCCCGCUGCAGCAGGCCCCGCCACCUGCCCCGCCCACACCCUCCGUGGUUGACCUCAGCAGCCGCGCCACCACAUCAGUUCACACGGGCAUGGCGCCUCAGACCUGCCUCCACAGCCCCAGCACAGCGGCACUGCCCUCAGCCCGCGACACCCCCAGCCCCAUCGACCCAGAGUCCAUUCAGGUGCCUGUGACCUACGAGCCCGACCCAGCAGACCUGGCUCUGUCCAGCGUGCCGGGCCAGGAGAUGUUUGAUCCGAGGAAACGCAAGUUCUCUGCCGAAGAGCUGAAGCCGCAGCCGAUGAUCAAAAAAGCCCGCAAGGUCUUCAUCCCCGAAGACCUGAAGGAUGAUAAGUACUGGGCCCGGCGCAGAAAGAACAACGUGGCAGCCAAGCGGUCAAGGGAUGCCCGGAGGCUGAAGGAGAACCAGAUUGCCAUCCGCGCCUCUUUCCUGGAGAAGGAGAACGCCGCUCUCCGCAUGGAGGUAGCGGACUUGAGGAAGGAGCUGGGCCGCUGCAAGAACAUUCUGGCUAAAUACGAGGCCCGGCACGGGCCCCUGUGAGCCCUCAAAUCCCCACCCUGCCCAUCCAGCACCACCACCAUACCCCCUCCUUCCACCUGACACCCAGUCUACUCCCCAGACCUCCCUUCCCCUCAAGUUUGAAGGACAAUGUGUCUCUUUUGGUGGCACUGAAUUUUUUCCCCCCCCAGUACCCCUGCACCUUGACCCCCUUCUCCUCCCACACCAACACACACCUGUAUGAUUCUGGUAUUUUUGACUUCUGUCAUAAGCUUCAAUUUGUCUGUACCUUCUUUUAAUUUCUGUACACAUUGUUUGACUAAAUAUAUAUACAUAUACAUGGAUAAUGAUAUAUAUAUAUUUACACCUGCAUACUUCCCACUUUAAUGUACUGUGAGGAGUCAUGAGCCAACCCACCAGCUGAAUCCCCCCGCCCGCUACCUUCCACCUUUUGAGAAAUGAUGCCAUGCUGUUUGUUGUUCACUUUCAUACCGAUUUUAUACGUGACAUCAGGACUGAAAACUGUCGUUUCCCUUCUUCUUCGUGUCCCCGUAAUGAGUUUAAGCGCCCGCUUCUAGCUUCAAACUUGCGUUUUGUUUUUGUUUUUUUAAGCCCUGUUAAAGUUGUCUUCUUCUGUUAACAACGUCAUCUCUUUAUUUUUGUUGAUGUUGUAUUUUAGUUGGGUAACUUCCCCCCCCCCACGUAAAGAAAACAUGUCUCUUCCUCUGCAGUCAUGCUCAUUUUUCUUUUCUUCAUCUCUCUCGGACACUGAGCAAUAAUUCCUGUCCACCGCUAACCCGACACCGACACAAGCAUCUCUCAGCUUCGCCUUCUCUCCGCAUCGCAUCCUAGCUCACCUCCGUUAACUAAGCUAACGUUAGUUGACGUCUGCACUAAUGCGUGUCUCACAAUCUGAUCCAGUGCAAUGUUUCCACUCGCUCAAUUUCCUCUGACUCAUAUUUAUCUACCUUUUAUUUCUCAGAUGGAAGAUUGUUGUUUUGAGAAAAAAAAAAUAUAUAUAUAUACAUAUAUAUAUUUCUGUUGAUAUAAUUGUUAGUAUUAAUACUACUCUUGACAUUGAUGUUGUUUAGCCUCCUUGUUUUUCAGAUUUAAGCAUGAUUUCUUUGACAGAAUGAAAAGCUCUUUGCAGUUAUUUUCUUUUUUUUUUUUCCUUUUUUUGUUUUGUUUUCGCAAAGUUGUCGAUAAUUCUUUUUGCUUCUGUUCAACUUAGCAUGAUUAAUAUGAGUGUUUUUACUUUAGAAAUCAAUCCAGAUGUCUGUAGUCUCUCCUCAUAGCUCUAUGUUUGCCUUCUUUUAAAGAUGGCUGUAUGAAUGUAAAAGGUGUUGACAAAACGAGUUGGAUGGUGUUGUCCAAUACUGUGGUUAACCCAAUCGAUUUGUUUACUGCAGACCAAACGAUUCACAACAGAGAUGAUAUAUUGGUUACAAGAGAUAUGUUUAUAUAGACCUAUUCUAUAAGUUGUUCUUUUUGUACAGUAUUUUUCCUAUACAUUACUGAACUAUGUAUUUUAAAGGCACAACAGAUCCAGAAAAUAAUUAAAGAAUACAAAUGUAUAACUCAAAGACAAAUGCAUAUAGUGGUAUUUUGAUAUUCUGUAACAGGUAGGAUGUGGUAGAUUUACAGAGAUUUGUGGACAUCCAGCGGCACCCAAAAAGCUCCCGGGCAUUAUUAGUAUCGUUAUUAUUAUGACACUCUGGCUUGUGUAGGUGCCACGUUUAGGCUCCCAUAUUAAUCUCAUGUAACUCAAAAGAAGCAGAUGGUGUAAAUGUGGUUCAGAAGAGAGACUUGGGCCCGCACGCGCUCACCACGGUCAGCGUCACGGCCUCCCCGGGGAUCCGAAGCUGCCCCUGAGCAAGCUUUUAAUUGAAUUUCCUGCUACAUAAUGAAACUCUUCACACAGCUCGUUGGUUUUCUUCUUCGAUGGGAUGAAGUUACUAUGAAGGAAGGGAAAUCUGUCGCUGGUUACUCUUGCUGCUCUGUGUGAUUGGUUCCUUUGGCCAAUGCACUUGUAGCGUGUCCCGAACCUGAGUGAUGGACACUGAGAAGCUUUUUUUUUUCUGCUUCUUCUUCUUUAAACAAAGGCUGACAGUGAAGAUCUACAACGUUGUUGUAGUGUAGAAAUUUCCUGGCAUUCAGUCCAAUGCUGAAGCUUCAGCUCAUUUGUAUGGAGGUUCAGAUGUGCCAGCAUUAAAAUGAAAUUAUUUAUGGAAUUGGUUAACACCUGAUUUUGUUUCCUCAUAUCUGUGAUUUGAAUAUAACUUUGCAGAUUUUUUUCUGCAAUGGAUCACUUGGUAACAAAAUCACCACUUUUUUCCUCCUUAUCCUGGUUUUUCUACACGUAAUAAAUUCAGUUUGUGGUUUUAUGUGCUGGAGUAUUGGAGAUGAUAUUCCCAAAUAUGGAAUUAUUCAUGUAAUCCAGCAUGUAUGGCAUUUUCCACAUGAAUAAUGUUACAUUCCCGCAUUUUUAACACAACUCACAUUUUUGUUGACAUAAAAAAAAAAGGUUGAAGUCUAAUUUAUCUAUUUGCAUUUUGAAAGUAAGUAAAUCUUCAUAAUUGGUAAACAGAACUUUGAUUUGAGUAAAUGAUUUUAUUUUCUGACUGGCAUCCCUGGACUUGUUAUCUUUGUGGUGACGUGUUGAAAUUUUAGUCGGGAAUUUCCAUUUUGGAAGAAAAAAGGAACGACCCCAAAAAAGGCCGAUAUCCGCCCAGUAAAACAAAACUCACACAUUCCAGCCUCAGCACCAGAGUCUGUUGAACGUAAUCUAUCUGAUCCAAAGGUGUGCGCGAUGUAAAAUGAUUAUUUUGUAACUGUAAACUAUCAUCUCAGUGCUUUAGCGCUUUAGACGUUUCCUUCUCCAUCUUAGCUGCACAGGCACACGGGAGAGCGUAAACAGAGACUGGAACGAUGCCUCCUCUCCGGAGCACCUUUCUAUGAAAUCGUAUGCCGUGCGUGUAUAUAUAAAUACAGGAAAAAGCCAAUAAUGAAUCCACAUGUAUCCCAAAAUGACCUCACUGUCAAGUGAUUUCACUACCUCACCCGGAAAUGUUAACCAUAAUCCUGAGUCUAUUCCAGUGCCUUGAAUACACCGACUGUUUCCCAGUCUCUCAGCAAUGUAAAGUUUUCAUCGCAGCACCACUUGGAUAGGUUCAGAUCUGCACUAAAGGGCUUCUUAGUGCAUCAAAAUAUCUCCACAUUAUAUACACUAAUAACUCUCUCAUUUCUUAUUUUGGACAUUACACCAGAAUUGUAACCAUUGUAUUCAUGGCAACACCAAAAAACUGUUUCAGAGUGUGCGGCUUACAGGAGUACUCGGUCUUGCUUGUCAUGGAAUGGAUGCAUAACAUUUACUUGUGCUGUUCAGCCUCAGCCUCUCUGUCUCUGUACAUUGUAGUGUCUAAUAAAAUCCCAGUGCUUUUC